UUGGUACCCCUUAAAGUAACUGAUGUUUAGUUCACAACUCGUCGAAGAUCUUUCUUCUAAGAUUCAUUUAUAAAAUAGGUAAGGAAAAUGUCGAUUCGUCCAGUAUAUCGGCCGACGAUCGUUAAGAAGCGGACGAAGAAAUUCAUCCGACAUCAAUCAGAUCGAUAUGAUAAACUUAAGAGGAAUUGGCGUAAGCCCAAGGGUAUUGACAACAGAGUCCGAAGACGUUUUAAGGGACAAUAUUUGAUGCCAAAUAUUGGUUAUGGAUCAAACAAAAAAACCCGUCAUAUGUUACCUACAGGAUUCCGUAAAGUACUUGUACACAAUGUUAAGGAACUCGAAGUACUCAUGAUGCAAAAUCGUAAAUUCUGUGCAGAAAUUGCACAUGGUGUUUCAUCUAAAAAACGAAAAUUGAUUGUUGAAAGAGCCCAACAAUUAAGCAUAAGAGUCACAAACGCUAAUGCCAGAUUAAGAUCACAAGAAAACGAAUAAAUUUUGUAAUUAUAGUGAUUAA